UGUGCUGUGUGUUGACCUGGGCGUUACUUUCACUUUAGACGUCUUGCUUUAAAGCAAAGUGUUUUGAUCAGAGUUUCAUUUUUACCGCAGUUCACCUCUUCAUCAUCAUCAUCAUCAUCAUCAUCAUCUGAUCGUCUGUUAGUCGAGCAGGACUGAAUUGGAUGGCAGACCUGCGCCACACACCAGCCGAGUGCCGCAUCAACAUCUCAGGGUUUGAUGAAGAUGAUGAUGAUGAUGCUAACGCUAACGGCAUCUCACAGCCUGAAGUCACGUGUCUCUGCUGCUAUGACGUGUUGCUGGAUCCCACCACGCUGAGCUGCGGUCACAGUUUUUGUCGUCACUGUCUCGCCAUGUGGGUGCUGACCUCCAGGAAGGCCGUGUGUCCGACCUGCCGCAGGAUGUGGCACAGCGUCCCCAAAAUCAACAUCUCAUUCAGGGAUUUGGUGGAGAAACAUUUCCAGGCAGACGUGGAGAGGAGACGUCAGAGUGUCAUGGCCGACCCAAGGACUGUUCAGUCUCUGCAGGUGUUAGAGCGAGCUCAGUUUGUGAUUCGCUGUCCAGUAGCUCCGCCCCCUCCACCCCCCGUGCGCUGGAACCCCUGGCUGGGUCCAGGAGGAUUCUUUUCUGGAGUACUUCUUACUCUCACCUUCACUGCUGUGGUGUUUCUAGUAUAUCACUGGAGUUCAGGAGAUCUGAAGGUGGAACGUCUGGUGAAGAAGCCGGUCAGUGCGUGGACACCUGAUGAGGUGGCUAUGUGGAUGGAGAACAUGGGGACAUGGACAUCUCCUUACAGAAACAUCUUCCUUAGGGAGCAGGUGAAUGGCAGGUUGUUGAAUGCAUUACGAGAAGAGGAUUUGUUGAAGCCUCCAUAUGGAAUAGAGCUUGAGCUCCACAGACAUACGUUACUGAAAGAAGUCCGGCGUGUUCAGGAGCUCGGCUUCAAACAGCCUCAAAACCUCUGGGAAUACAAGGCAGUAAACGGAGGAAAGUCUUUAUUUCUCCUUUACACUAUGACCGACUCUCCACGUCUCUCCAUCCUCUACAUGUACUUCUUCGAUUAUUACGAUUCCUUUCUGCCCUUCAUUCACAUCAGCUGUCCAUCAGCACAGAGGAAAAGUGCAGAAGAUGAUCUACCCUUCAGGAACCUGGACAGCCCUGAUGGUAGACAGUGGUUGUCGUUUGUGGUGCAGUUCUUCCUCCUGCCCUAUCAACUGUGUUAUGACUUCGUGUGGAACUGGCAGGACGUUCACUACUGGACAACGCGCUUCGUCAUGUGGCACUGCUUUUUGCUCACAGUACGAGAAGGACAAGUACUGUGGAGUCUCCGAAGCCAUAUUAAUCUCCAAUCAAUCCUCAGUGUAAUCACCUGCCACGUGUGUAUCACAGGAGCGAUCAGUUUCACCGGCCUGCUUUUCUGGAACAUUCUGCAUCAGUUUAUUUGGGAUUGUUUCUUCUACUGGGCUCUUUACUUCGUCCCCAUCGCCAGUACAACCAUCAUUCUGGUUCCCUUUAUGAGACAACUAUGUCCACAUUUAUAUAAUCAACAAUAACACACACACACACACACACACACAGUGUUGCUUACAUUAACCUCAGUGAUAUUAACAUAUAUUUAACAAAUGGGAUCGAUUUGCACAUUUAAUGGCUUUAGAAGAUCACGAGUUUGUAUUUAAAGAUAUAUAUAUUUUCUUAAAAGGGUUUAGGCUUUUACUCUUCUAUUUAUUACUUCCUUUUAAA